UAACGUGAAAUAAUGUCAAAAGUAGUUUAUUUAAAAAAAAAAUGUAUAAAGAAGUUGUGUGUGUUGACAUUAUUUAAAUUAAUUGCUUUGAUAAUCCCCCACCGGAAGUGCCUACAAGUUGGCCCUGUGCACGCGCUGAGCUCGAGCUCGUUUUGUAAUUUGAUGCGUUUCGACUCUCUUUCGUUCAACGGAAGGGACGAUGUGCAUCAUUCUGAUCGUUUGCGUCGUGUUUAAUCUCCUGCGCUGUGCGGCUGCGGAUAAAGCUUUAGCCGAGAAAGGGCGCGUGGAGUUACACAGGCUGCGGGAGUUCGCGGGGCACACGCGGUAUGGCGCGUGCUGGUCCAGCGCGCUGCAGAGAGUUCACGCGAACUGUCGGGAUUUCUCCGAGGACACGCAGAGCAUGAUGGCCCUGGCGUUCACCCACUGUCACCUGAGAAGGUCCGGGCGGAGUUUUCCGGAGUGUCCAGAGGGCAGCGACGUGAAAACCUGCACCCGUGACAUGGACCCCGUCGCGUUUAACACCUACACCGAGUUCUUCACCCACGCCCACAGCAUUUGCCAUUUCCUCCAGAGUGAGCAGUGGCAGCGUCAGGCAGAGAACACCAUCCACAGGCUGACUGAGAGUUCGGCGGGCGUGGCCGAGCAGCUUGCGUCCACCCAGAGGAUGGCUGAGGAUCUAGUGGAGGCCCAAAGUGCAGCUCUGAAAUCUCAGGAAACCAUCCUGCGUAACGGAGAAGAGCUGAAGAGUACACUGCAGCACUCCACCAAGGGUCUGAAGGAUGUGUUUACCGAGAUGAGACAUUCGGUCCAGGAGCAGCAAGUGGCGUUUGCCGAGAUCUUCAACCGCGUCGCUUUCCUUCAGAGCUUCAUCAUGUCCGAGUCUCACACCCUCAGCUCCCUGUUGUACAACGCGCUGGGGUUCUGCGCGUCCUUCCUGCUCACCUCUACACGCCGCACCUCGGGCGCGAGGUUGUUUAUGUUCGGCCUGGUGGCUCUGAACGUCUACCUGGAGCGUUUGAUUUGUAGGACGGUGCUGGAAGAUGGGAGUCCCGGUUAUCAGCAGAUGGAGCGUCUCGCCUUUUUGGUCGGGCUUCUCAGGAAGGCCAUGGUGACGAUCGCGUGCGUCGUUCUGCUCUACUUCGCCACCCGUUUCCGCAACGUGAACAAGGAAAGUCUGGAGAUCCUCAGGGAGCUGAAAGAGACUCAGUGUAAUCUUAAGCAAACGCUAAAGAAAGCAGAACGUCUUUCGGGGUCAUUAAAUGACUGGACCAAGCCCAGAAAGAGGCACUGGGAGGAAAAGUGGGAUCAAGAAGAGGAGAGCAGUUUGGUCAUCCUGCAUCCUUCACGAGCUGUACAGGACACCUUGUCGUCUUUUUCUUCCCUUCACAGAAGCCAAAAGUGUGAGAGCUUCGUUCCACCACUGGAGGCUCCGAACACCUCUGAGAUCCCAAAAAGGCGACAGCGUCGUUCCUCAGGCUCCCGAGUGCGUAACUCUUCAGCAGUCGUCUACAGCGUGAUCGUAGAAGAAAGCCACAACCAGCCGAGGUACAGCCUGAGGAGCAGGAAAUCCUUGUGCGCCCUGGAGCCGACCGGGGAAAGAGACCGAUUCUGAUCUCUUCAAGAGAGUGUGUGUGUGUGUGUGUGUGUGUGUGUGAGUGAGACUAAUGACUGACUACAUCUAUGAAAAGUGGAUGUCUGUCAACUGUUAUGAUUCCAUUUCACAUUUUCAUGAACUACCUAUUGAUUCUUUUAAUAAACAUGUUUUUUUUAAAAAUA